UAUAAAGCUAAUGACUAUAAAAAUAUAAAAAUAUAUAUAUACAACCAUAAAGCUUGUCAACCCCCCAAACACUUCCUGCUUCCGACGUGAAUUGCCAGGUGUGCCUGCAAAGAAACAGGCAGUUGGAUGGGUUCAGGAUAAGCCUUCAGCUUCGAAGCAGGGGCAGCACGGUGUGAGAAACAGCAGAAAGAUAGAACCACCAGAACGCCGGUUGUGGUAGGUGGAGGAGUUGUUUUGUUAACAGCCAGCUUUGCUCCCGAGUCUUAUUUGACUUGAGGGUUUUCUUGUGCUGUCCCAGAAGUCAGAGGUGCUGUGCCAUCGCGAUGGGUCAAGAUCCAAAGAGCAAAUCCAGGUUGACAAGCUCCGCAUGCCUUUGGUGAAAGAAUCUUCAGGAUUCUCUUUUUUGCAGUUGGCCAGAACCCAAGAGCUGUGGCCCAAAUAUGGGAAGUGCAAGACAUCAGUGGCACUAGUGAGAUGCAGAACAUUUCUGAAGCAUGAAAGCAUGCCUACGGGCCAUGAGGGAGGUUUCUUUGUUCAUGCUCACCCAAGUAUCAGCUAGGGUGUCCAACCAUAUUCAACAUGCCCCCUUGCAUAGUCAUGAACCCCCAACAGACUUUGGCCUCUCGGCCUCCACUGUUCGGUCGAAAAUCCGAUCCACUCGCCCUCGCCCUCGUGCCCCUCCAUCAGGCGCUGGGGUCGUUGCAGCCUCUUCCACCCCGGAAGAACCUACGGCCGUCCACGCGCAAUGACGAGCGGCGGCAACGGCGUGCGGCAGCGAAAGAGGAAAGGCUUCUGGAGGAUUUCCUUGAGAAGGAGCCUUUGGCAGAGCCUUCCGAGCCUGUUCAAGGCGAGGAGCAUUUGGAGGAUUUGCAUGAGGCAGUCCUCUUCGAGAUGUUCCCAGAAGAACCCAAGGCCGUGGAGGAAGCCUUGCUACGCUUCGCAGGGAGUUCCCAUCAGGCCUCGCGCGCACUGGAGGCGCUGCUUGCGCGACCGGACAGCAAAACGGCGGAAGACGAAGAUGACCUGGACUACGACUGUGCGGAUGCUGGGGUUGCCGAGGUGGACGAAGAUGAAUGGGAGGAGGACUGGGAGGACGAGGAGUACGGCGAGUACUGGGAGGACGAGGACGACGACGCGCCGGGGGCGUGCUCCUUUUGUGGCGCCGCCGGCGACGCGGAGUUGGCCGAGGACGGGGAGUUCUACUGCUCCCGCUGUUGGGAAGAGUGGGCCGAGGGCACAGCAGCAGAGGAACCGCCGCCGUCUGCGUCCGCGCCGGCACCGGCACGUCGCUGGGGCGCGCGACGCGAAGAGCACAAGGCCAUGCCGGCCACGCCAGCGGAGCGCGAGCCGGCUGCCGUGCCCAGCGGCCUUGGCAAGGCCUUCUUCCAAAGCUUGGAUGGCGCUCCGCAGUGGGCGGACGCGCCCACGCGGCCCGAAGCAGGUGGGAAAGAGCUGGUGGCCCUCCGUCCCAAAGAGGAGAGGGGCACCGAGGAGAUGGCUUCAAAGAAAGGUGUGCGGGUCUGUUCCGUUGCCCAAAGAAGAAACCGGUGCCACGGAAAGAACACAGACAGCACCAAAUUACAAUCAGCCUUCAGCAUGCGCUUUCAUCCGUAUUUUUAUGGCACAAGUCGAUGGCCGUUGGGGUUGUAGGGGUAUGUUCUAACUGCUUGGGCAAUAUGUCCAAUCAUCUUCAAUCUGUGAAUCUGGAGAAUGCGCACCGUUUGACCAAACUCACGGAUGGACUUAGAGCUUCGAUGAGGUUUAUUGAAACAUUAAACAAAUUAGCGCACUUUUGAUCUUCAUAUGUGAUGGGACCAGUGGUGGGACCAC